AAGCCACAAAGAAGAGAAGCAAAGCAGUUGACGCUCGCAUGGAUACUCGUUGAUCCAACGCUACAUGGACAAGCUUGAAGAUAGAAAAGACCGGCUUUYCCCCCAAAAAACACUUUAAAUGUAUUAAUCUUGAUAAAUAUGACGGAAAUGUUUUCCACUCUGUUCGGGCAAAAUGAAGCUCAGGGACCUCCCGGGUCUUCGUCUUUAGGUUUUGGACCAGGGAAACCGCCGCCACCCAUCCCGCAGAAYCAAGUCUCCUUGGCGGCGCAGAUGCCACCACAGCUCGUGGAUGAAGGGCCUGCCCUGCGAAAGUCCGGAGCCAUGAACGAACCUUUCUAUUUACUGCGAGAGCUUCCURUUGGAAACGAAUUGACGGGCAACACCAACCUUAUCACACACUACAACCUGGAACAUGCCUACAACAAGUUCUGUGGGAAGAAGGUGAAGGAGAAGCUGAGCAACUUUCUGCCAGAGUUACCAGGUAUGAUCGACUGUCCGGGCACUCAGGACGGCAGCUCGUUACGCUCUCUGAUCGAUAAGCCUCCAGUGUGUGGGAACUCCUUCAGCCCGCUGACUGGUGCUUCGCUGACAGGAUUCAGACUACACACAGGACCGCUCCCAGAACAGUACAGAUUGAUGCACAUACAGCCUCCAAAGAAGAAGAGCAAGCAUAAACACAAGCACCAUCGACCACAGGACCCAUUACCACAAGAAACUCCCUCAGACUCUGAUCCUAAGAAAAAGAAGAAGAAGAGGGACGAUGACCCAGAUCGAAAGAAAAAGAAGAAAGACAAGAAAAAGAAGAAGAACCGCCACAGCCCAGACCACCCCGGCCUCGCUGGAUCGCAGCCCAGCAGCAACAGCCUCAGAUAGACAGAAGCCCACUGUGUGUGUCUGCCUGUUCGAAUGUGUGCCGUUUUGUAAGAGUGUGUGUUUUACAGGUUAUUGUAUUAUUAAAAGUAUGCUUAAUGAGAUAAACAGAUGGCUGAAUAAUGUGUGCAUGUGUGUGUGUGUUGAGUAAGCAGAGAUGCUGGAUAAAAAUGAGAAGAGAUGUUACAGAUUAAGCUAAAAAAAAAAAGAAGAAAACUGUGUGGAUGGACUAAACAGCCGCUGUGUAUUUCUUUAAUUUUUUUUGUUCUUCUUUUGACCAUAACGCCAAAAUCAAAUAAACUUUGAUUAUAAAUUUUA